CUCGAGGGCUCGUGGCCGAAUUAGUCGCAUAACCAUUUUUCCACCGCUGUUGUUGUUGUUGUUGUUGUUGGGGUUGGUGUCGUCAGAAUAACCUUCACACGUUUUCAUAAUUGUGUGUGUAGUGCCACGAAAGCGAGAAAGUGAACGAAUGGUUUACGAGAAGGUGUAGAAGAAACCAGCACCGGAUCGUUUCGGAUCAAACCCCCCCGCGCAAACACAGUGAAGAAGUAGAUCGAAAAGUGUGCGCCUGCCAGUCACGCGAGAGGGGGCGCUCGUCGGAAGCCCCGCCAGCGAAAGCGUUCCGAAAUCGAUAAAAGCGCCCUGUCCGUUCGAUCCGUUCGAGAGCCCGGCCCGGCAGCCACACAACAUAAAACAUGUACGGCAGAAGCAAUCGGUUAUGCACUAAAUUGUCCAGUGCUUUCCUACGAAAGUGGUGGUUUGUGAUAGCAUUCGCCCUCAGCCUGCUGGUGCUUGGAGUUCUAGUCACAUUCGGUUUCACGGCCUUCAUCCGAACCAUCAUCGACCACCAGGUGGCCUUAAGGGUAGGCGGGCAGUCCUUCGGCUGGUGGUCACGGCCACCGGUCGAACCGAUCGUCAGGAUCUUCGUCUACAAUGUCACCAACGCGGACGAGUUCCUCAACAACGGCACCAAACCGAUACUGGAUGAACUUGGCCCUUAUGUCUACGUUGAGACAUGGGAAAAAGUCAACAUACGAGAAAACCCGAACGGCACGAUCAGCUACAACCAGAAACGGGUGUACAUCUUCAACGAGGACCUGUCCGGUGGAAUGGAGGAUGACGUGGUGAUCGUGCCGAACAUUCCGAUGCUGAGCGCCACGUCGCAAAGUAAACACGCGGCAAGGUUUCUACGGCUAGCGAUGGCGAGCAUUAUGGACAUUCUGAAGAUCAAACCCUUCGUGGAGGUGUCGGUCGGGCAGCUACUGUGGGGCUACGAAGAUCCACUGCUGAAGCUGGCAAAGGACGUGGUGCCGAAGGAACAGAAGCUACCGUACGAGGAGUUUGGGCUGAUGUACGGCAAAAACAGCACGUCGAAGGAUACGGUGACCGUGUGGACGGGCGUGGAUGACAUCACGCAGUACGGUAUCAUCGACAAGUACAAUGGCCGAUCGCACCAGACCCACUGGCUGUCGGAGCAGUGCAACCGGCUGAACGGCACGGACGGGUCCAUCUUCCCGCCGCGCAUCACGCCCAACUCGACGCUGCACGUCUACGAGAAGGAUCUGUGCCGGUUGCUGCCCCUCAGUUUCGAAAAGGAGGUGACCGUUCGGGGUGGCGUCAAGGGUUACCGAUUUACGCCCUCCCCGGAUGUGUUUGCUUCGGUGGAGAAAAAUCCGAACAACAUGUGCUACUGCCCCGCAGGGCCGCCCUGUGCCCCUCACGGGCUGUUCAACGUGUCGUUGUGCCAAUACGACUCUCCGAUCCUGCUCAGUUUCCCCCAUUUCUAUAUGGCCGAUCAAUCGCUGCGAACGGCUGUGGAAGGAAUUUCUCCGCCCGAAAAGGAAAAGCAUCAGCUCUUCAUCGAUGUCCAACCGGACAUGGGUACGGCACUGAGAGCGCGUGCCCGAAUCCAGAUCAAUCUGGCCGUCAGCCAGGUGGUCGACAUCAAGCAGGUGGCCAACUUCCCCGACAUCGUGUUCCCGAUCCUGUGGUUCGAGGAGGGUAUCGAUUCGCUGCCGGACGAGAUCCUGGACCUGAUGAAGGUGGCCACCACCAUUCCGCCCCGUGCCAAGUUCAUCCUGACGAUCGUGCUCUUCGGAUUCGGCGGCUUCCUGUUCGUGGUGGCCGUCAUCUGUCUCGUGCGAAAGUCGCACCGCCAAAGCACGCUCCAUCUGGAGGGGUCCAACUACCUAGCGACGGCGUCCGUCGAUCAGGCCAAAAAGAAGGCCAAGAUGGACGGUGGCAUCAACAACAAGAGCACCAACAAGACUGAAAAGACUUUGAUCAAUCCAACGCCAAACCAACGAUUGAUUUUGAGUACGAAUGCGCGCCGUUACAACGGUGGGGCGAAGGAGGACAAAAGCAGCGACAGGAAGGCCUGCAGCAUGGAUGUGAAGUUGCUCAAAACAAAUCAGUUCCCAACCAAAGAGCCGUUGAAGCGAAAGCAAUCGAGUACCAGAGCACUCUGUGUGAUCGGUUUAACGACCGCACUGGCGAUCGGGUUAUUCACAAUCGGCUUGUUCUGCCACUUCUACAAACCAACCAGUCUUAUCUUAGGCGAUCGGUUGACGAUGCGACAGUUUAUGCCUUACUUCCGAUGGUGGAAGGAUACGUCUGACGUUGUGGUUACUUGUCGUAUAUUCAUCUUCAACUUUACAAACACCGAUCGAUGGCUCGAAGGGUUAGACGAUCAACUGCAACUGGACGAGGUGGUUCCUAUCGUUUACCGCGAAACACUGGAGCACGACAAUGUGACAUUCCACGAGAGCAAUUCUACCAUGUCCUACGUCACCCGGAGGCGUUUGGUUUAUCUGCCGGAGCGGAAUGUUCCGGGAAUCCUGAACCGAACGAUCGUGGUGCCCAACAUAUCCUUGCUAGGAGUGGCUGCAAGAAUGGAAGACGACAAUUUCUUCAUGAAAAAAGGCUUUAACUUCCUGUACAGCCUUUCCGGGGACACAGUAUUCAGUACCAUGACGAUCUACGACUACCUGUGGAACACCAAACCACGUAUUCUGGAUCAAGCAAGAAAGAUCGUUCCCUCGAUGGUGCCAUCGGAUAACGUGGGGAUACUUAAAACGAUGUACGAGGAUCACGAAGAUCACGUCAAUGUGCGUUACGGGAAGCGAUACGGCAACGAGCAGUUUUUCAAGAUGAACUCUUACGAGUACGAGCCAACCGUUCCGGGCUUUAGCUUGGCCAAAGGGGAUUGCUUCGCCUCGAUUGUGGACUCGUCGGAAGGAGCGACCUAUCCGCAGAACCUUGACGAACGAUCCGUUCUGAUCUACUGGCGCAAGACGCUGUGCCGGGCGGUGCCGCUGUUCUACGAGCGCCGUGUCGAAAAGGGUCCUUUGGUCGGUUACAAGUACGCACUGCCGGACAGUUCGUAUGACCGUUUACCCAACAGCACGGCGGACUGCUACAAGGGCCAGUAUGGAUUCCUGGAAGACGGCAUGACCGAUACUUCAAAGUGUUCUCAUGAUGUUCCGAUCGUGGCUACCAGUCCCCAUUUUUAUGCACGCAAUUUUACCAUGGCCCAUAAAGUAACGGGAAUGAAACCUAAUCGGGAGUUACACGAGAGCUAUGCAAUUGUGGAUCCAUCCUUCGGAAUUCCGCUCGACCAGUGCGCCCGGACCCAGACAAACUUGGCCAUCCCGCUGCUUACCGGAUACGCACCCGAAAUUAGACGCUUCAGCGAAAUGAUUAUCCCAAUGUUUUGGAUCGAAUACCAUCAAAAAGAACUGCCCCCGUACAUUGUGCAGACGCUUUCAGCUUUCUACGUUCUGAAGGACAUAGAACCGUACCUUCCGUACGCACUCUACGUUGUCAGUGUGCUUUUGCUGGCGGUUGCCUUCCGCGAAGCUGCCCGUUUCAAGAUGCACAGCCGAAUAGCACCGUCGAUGUGUACCCAUCACUUUGCGGAUCUCUAACGUUCUGGCCUCGAUCGAUCAUUUAGUCCAGACGUUUCACUUUUCAUGUAUUAUAUUGUGGGGUACCGGGUAGUACCAAGAUCAUAAAACGAGCUUACAAUAAAAGUACA